UAAAAGCUUUGGGUCGGGUUUAGCGAUAGCCGAUAAGGGUUUUACUAACAUUUGGCUCAAAAAUUUUGGAGCCAAUUUUCCACGAAAUCCACCCAAAAUUCUUGCAUCUUUCGGCUCGGAUCAACCCUCGUCCUCUCGCCGGAAAUCGGUGGGAUGGAGAUCAUCACCAGGGCGGUUCUCCCGUGCUACGCGGCCCCCGCGACGGGCGUUCUCACCUCCGACGCGAGGGUCAGCGGCCAUCUCCAGCUGCUCGGGCGCGUGCGCCUGAGGAGAAGGGCGUGCGGGCUGGAGGCGGACUGCGACGGCGUGGCGUGCAGGUUCUUCGGCCCCCCGUCCCAGCGGCACGGGAGAAGCGACUGGGGCUGGCCUGUUCGCUGCAGCUACGGCUCGUCCUCCGACGGUGACGGCGCCGCGGCUGCGAACUUCGAUGCCAGCGGCGAGGAGUUCGUCGACUCGAGCGUCAUCGAGGCUGUUGAGCUCAGGAGUGUAUCAGAUGGUUUUGUGAUAAAAAUGCGCGACGGCAAACACCUGAGAUGUGUCCAGAACAAUCCUCGCGUACUAAGACUGCAGGACUCGGCACCGCACCAUGCUAUUGUGCUGAAGAUGGAGGAUGGAAGCGACCUUCUGCUCCCGAUUAUAGUCAUGGAAACACCAAGUAUUAUGUUGCUGGCUGCACUUCGGAACAUUCGAAUUCCAAGGCCAACUAUUUACAAUGUGGUAAAGGAGAUGACUGAAACGAUGGGAUAUGAGGUACGUUUGGUGCGAAUUACAGAAAUGGUCCAUGAUGCAUACUAUUCGCGAUUGUAUCUUGCAAAGAUUGGGAAUGAAGAAGAGACUAUUAGUUUUGACCUCAAGCCAUCAGAUGCUAUCAACAUUGCUUUCCGGUGCAAGGUUCCUAUACAAGUUAACAGGCGUAUUGCAUAUAACAAUGGAUUGAAAGUUGUACCACCAAAGUCAGCUGAAAGUUAUGUAGACUCGGACCCAAUCCAAAUCACAAGGCUUGACAGGCCUGAUGACCAGCCUUGCGGUGAUGCCCAAGAGUUUGAUUUGGUCCGCAAUAUGCUCAUCGCUGCUGUCGAAGAACGUUACAAAGAUGCUGCUCAAUACAGAAACCAGCUUUUCAUGUUGCGGUCAAAGAAAAAGAACGCAAUAUAACAGGCCCUCAUGGGGGGAGUACAUAGGAGGCUUUGCCGAAGCAUAAAUCUUCGGCAAACAUCAAGAAGCACCAUGUGAAUACGUACAGAAGUUAUGUAUAUACGUACGGAUCAUAUUCCGGAUACCCUAGCAGCUUAGCUCAUAGUGCAGUGGUUGUACUAAAAAAUGCCAAUGGUUGUAGUGUCGUACAAUUGAUCUCAGUUCUGAGAGGCAUGAAGCAAAUUGUUUGGAUGAGACUUUCGCAACUUUCAGCAGCUACGGCUGGAGGCUUCGCAAGAAAUGGAUACGUUAUGAACUUGAAUUUUA